AUGAGAUCGUCGGAGAUUUAUCCUGCACCCCCCACGGCGGCCGAUCAAGAGCUAUGGGAAGAGAAGGAAGUGUCGACUAAACAGAGCUCCCUGGAAAUCGGGGAGAAUAAAGACUUCGCUCUUCAUCAGACACAAGAUGCCUUUGGUAAUGAAGAGUUCGCAGAGGUCAAGUACAAGGUCCUCAAGUGGUGGCAAUGCGGCCUGCUCAUGGUGGCUGAAACAGUCUCCCUGGGGGUGUUGUCCUUGCCUGCUGCCGUUGCCGGCUUGGGUUUAGUCCCCUCGGUGAUUAUUCUCGUCUGUCUGGGUGCCCUGGCUACCUACACGGGCUAUGUGAUCGGCCAGUUCAAGUGGAGAUAUCCGCACAUUUGCAGUAUGGCUGAUGCGGGCGAGGUGCUUGCUGGCCGCUUUGGCCGUGAGCUGUUGGGAUUUGCCCAGAUCAUCUUCCUCGUCUUCAUCAUGGCCAGCCACCUGCUAACUUUCACCAUUGCCAUGAACGACUUGACGAACCAUGGCACGUGCUCGAUCGUCUUUGGAGUGGUGGGCCUGGCCAUCUCUUUCGUGUGCACGUUGCCGCGCACUUUGGAAAAGAUGUCCUGGCUCUCACUAAUCUCAUUCAUUAGUAUCUUGUCAUCUGUGUUCAUUACAAUGAUCGGGGUGGGUAUCUCACACCCUGGGAAAGUAAUCGAAGCAACGGUCAAAACCGACCUAAUCCACGGCUUCACUGCGGUGGCCAAUAUCGUCUUUGCAUUUUCUGGACAUGCUGCAUUCUUUAGCCUUGCAGCGGAAUUGAAGAAUCCAGCCGACUAUCCCAAAGCCUUGAUGCUGUUGCAGAGCGUCGAUAUCACCCUCUAUCUUGUUGCAGCCAUCGUGAUCUACUGCUACGGAGGAUCCACAGUUACUUCUCCCGCACUGGGAUCAGCCAGCACGGUCGUGUCCAAAGUUGCCUACGGCAUUGCGCUUCCAACAAUUAUCAUCGCCGGCGUUAUCAACGGACAUGUGUCUGCCAAGUCCGUCUAUGUGCGCAUCUUCCGUGGCACUGAUCACAUGCACAAGCGCAGCUGGAUUGCCGUGGGCUCUUGGACCGCAAUCGUCCUAGCAUUGUGGGUGCUCGCCUGGAUCAUUGCGGAAGCAAUUCCAGUGUUCAAUAAACUGUUGAGCUUGGUUACUGCGCUCUUCGCCAGUUGGUUCACUUUCGGCCUGAGCGCGAUCUUCUGGUUCUACAUGAACCAUGGCCAAUGGUUCUCGUCUCCGAAGAAAGUCGCCCUUUCAGCUGUCAACUUGCUUGCUCUGGGGGUUGGAUGUUGUCUGUGCGGUCUUGGACUUUAUGUCUCCGGAAAGGCCAUUCACGACGAUCCCCAUCAUGCCAGUUUCACCUGCAUGAGCACUGUGUAA